CUGACUCGCAGAGUAUACCAUAGGGCAUUAGGAAGCAGUGUGACGCCGUCUCAUUCCUGGCCGAGUUCCAACAUCAAAAUGUCCGACAAGAUCCGAAAACCAUCCCGAACCCACGAUUCCUCUUUCACAGAAUGUCAUAUCCGGGACGUCGAGGAGCUUGGAGCUGACCUGAAUGAAGCCGUCCAGGCAGUAUGGCCGAAGCGGCACAGUAUUCGGUAUUCCCAAGUCCGUGUCUUGCUUCUAUCAUGGGAAGCCGACGACUUGGGAGUUGAGGCUGAAAUUGAGCCCCUUCGAAGAGUGCUUAAGGACAGAUACCAUUUCAGCGUGCGAGACUACAAGAUCCCUAGCAUAAAGCCUGACAGGGCCCUCAAGAAGCGAGUCUAUGACUUUCUCGAGGGAGAAGAGAAAGACACGCUCCUGAUAGUCUAUUAUGCUGGGCAUGCCAGGGGUGCGUUGCAGUCAAAUGAGGCUUCAUUGUGGUUUGCUAAUCGCAACGAUCCUUACACGGUAGUACCGUCCGGUGGUAUUCAGUCCAUGUUUGAGGAGGCCGAUGCCGAUGUCGUUCUCCUUUGUGAUUGUUGUCACUCGACCGCUAUUCCCACUACCGACUCUCAACAACGAAGCAACAAAGUUAUGGAAGCGAUUACAGCCUGCGGGUACGAAGCCAUUGCAGCCGAAGUCGGAGACCACUCUUUUACGAGGGCUCUUACCCAUACUCUUGCUAUCGCGUCAAAAGGUCUGCCAUUCACUAUCAGCGAGUUGCAUGUUCGAGUUGUUAGCAAGCUGAAAUGUUGGGCGCCCGAAUUGCUGAAGGGCGAGGAUGGCAAUUAUGUUGAUAUGGCUGAAAAUCGGUUACUGUUCGAGCAACAACCCAGACGGACACCUAUUUUCACGGGUGUGUGUAGGGCCAGUCCAAAUCGAAGCAUUGUCCUCGCACCACUUGGCACCGUAUAUCCGUCGCCGGCGGAAUCUGAAGAUGAAAAGUACAGUGUUGCCUCCUCCGGAAUUUCGCUAGUAAGUCUAGACAUUAACGAGAGGGAGAGAUCUAAUACCCACCCUGGUGAGGGUCAACCCCAAAAAGGCACGUGGCCUUAUGAGGAGGGACGAUACCCUUUCAUCCUGUUGGCCGCACGGCUCGAGAAAUGCUACAAUAAACAAGCUUGGCUGGAAUGGGUCCGUAAUGCUCCUGCCGACGUGAAAGACUUCCAUAUUGAAGGUGCAUAUGUCAGUUUCUCGACCUUGUUACUAUUGCGGAUUCCUAUGACCGUAUGGAACUUACUGCCCAGCAAUCCAGCAUACACCUUUAUAGGGUACGUUUCUUCUGGCAACUAUGUUACGAGUGAUCCAGCAGAGUCUAGCACAUCAUGCCCUUGCGGAGACGCUUGUGCCAACUGUAAUACGGAAGCAAUAGAAGAUAUUUACUCAGCGGAUGAUCUGAAAGAAUCCGAAUCCCAUUGUGGGGAUAAAGGCUUAUCCCCACGGAUCGAGGACCCACCUCCUACGAAGACCCACAAAGGGAAGACACGAAAUGUAUUCGCGCCGGGAACUCAGUAUCACACGGCAUCUAAUGCACCCUCCGCCGAAAUAUCCCAGACGAUUGGGAUGGCAAAUAGAAAAUUGGAGGUCUCCAUUACAACCUCAUCCGCGUCCGCGCCAAAGCCGAUCAGCGGAGGACCAGAUUCUGAGUUUGAUAAUUCUCAAGUGCCAACCUCUCCGGGGUCUCCCCUUUCUGAGGACCCGUGGUCAGAUCUUGAGUCAUCGUCUUCUAUAACAACUGCGGAGGUCGGUACCAGCAACCCUGGUAGCCGAUCUCAGACUCCGCGGCUCAUCUCGGCUGGGUCCAGACACCGGAGGAGCGGUGGAGGCCUGGCAAGGUUCGAUAGGAAGGGUUGGUGGGUCUGCUGCAAGGAUUACCGCGAGGUAAAUAUAAAUCUAUGGGGCGAGUGCUGCCCUGACGACCAACACCGAAGGUGCUCAUCCUGCAUUAGGUUGUGAGAAUGCUUGAAUGUAUUUCUUUUACAAGAGUACAAGGUUUUCUCAUCCGGAAAUGCCUA